CCUCGCCGUAACAACCACCCAUCUCGCCCACCAUUCCGCCUUCGCCGACAAGGACCAUGCAGCCGUGGAACGCGGCGCGCACGAAGGUGCAAAUCAAGCUGUCGAUACAGCGGCUGCGGACGCUGCAGGAGAAGAAGCUUGCGCUGGCCAAGAAGGCGCGCCGUGACAUCGCCGACCUCGUUGCCAAGAGCCGGAUUGAGACGGCCAAGCUGCGCGUCGAGGGCUUGAUCCAGGACGACAUCUACGUCGAGCUCCUCGAGCUGCUGGAACUGUACUUGGAGACGCUGCAGGCGCGCUUCGGCCUCCUGGACCAGAACACCGGCGAGAACCCAGACCCAUCGAUCGCGGAUGCGGUGUGCGCGAUCGUGUACGCCGCCCCGCGCACCGAGCUCAAGGAGGUGCAUGUGCUCCGCGAGAUCUUGAUGCACAAGUUCGGCCGCAACUUCUCCCUGUCGCUGCAGCCGUCGGACCCGCCCCCGGCCUGCGUCCCGCCCCGCAUUCUCUCCAAGCUCGCGACGUACACGCCCCCCGCCGAGCUCGUGGAAGCCUAUCUGUCCGAGAUUGCGCGGGGGUAUGGCGUGCCGUAUGCGCCUGUGGGCAAGGACAUUCCGCCGCUCGACGAGGACGACGAGGGGCGAGGGAGCGGGGACGAGGGGACCAAGGAGGAGAGCCUCAAGGUUGAGGGCGCCGGGGCGGACCGCACACCCUCCCCGGCCAACGCUGAGAAGAGCGCCGCGCCACGGGGGCCAGUGGUCGUCAAGAAAGCCACGCCCGAGGACGAGCUCGCGGCGCGCUUCGAGCGCCUCAAGUCGUUCCGGUAGCUAGUUGUAUGCAUUGAUAUCUGCGAUCA